UCUAACAAGAAAUUCCUCGUAAGACCAUAAAAGACAAACUACAAUUCCCAGCAAGCUUUGCUCCAGAACUGCGUCAUCUAACCUCAGCUCCGGGCUCCUCCCCGGCCCCACCGUCCAGAAACUACAACUCCCAAGAGGCUUCACGGUAGCCAACCUCCCGCUUCCCCCCCGCCCUCCGCCGCCUCCUUACCCCUCUAGCAGCCUUGUGGCCAGCUCGGGUCCCGCGGGCGGCGGAGUGGGCGCUGGCGCGUGGGGUGGCUCGGUCUCUGAGGACGGCGAGCUCGCGCGGGGAAGGAGUGGAGACCUAGGGGGGCGGGGGCACGGCUCUCUUGCUCGCAAGAUGGCGGACGAAGACGGGGAAGGGAUUCACCCCUCAGCCCCUCAGAGGAACGGAGGCGGUGGUGGCGGCGGUGGGGGGUCUGGGCUGCGCUGCGGCGGGGUUGGCGGCGGUCCGCGGGUCGUGCGCAUCGUCAAGUCCGAGUCCGGCUACGGCUUCAACGUGCGGGGCCAAGUGAGCGAGGGCGGGCAGCUGCGGAGCAUCAACGGGGAGCUGUACGCGCCUCUGCAGCAUGUGAGCGCCGUGCUGCCCGGGGGGGCGGCCGAUCGGGCCGGGGUGCGCAAGGGAGACCGCAUUCUGGAGGUGAACGGCGUGAAUGUUGAGGGGGCAACACACAAGCAGGUUGUGGACCUGAUCCGAGCAGGCGAGAAGGAACUGAUCUUGACUGUGUUAUCUGUACCUCCUCAUGAGGCAGAUAACCUAGAUCCCAGUGACGACUCGUUGGGACAAUCAUUUUAUGAUUACACAGAAAAGCAAGCAGUGCCCAUAUCGGUCCCCACAUACAAACAUGUGGAGCAGAAUGGUGAGAAGUUUGUGGUAUACAAUGUUUACAUGGCAGGGAGGCAGCUGUGUUCUAAGCGGUACCGCGAGUUUGCUGUCCUACACCAGAACCUGAAGAGAGAGUUUGCCAACUUUACAUUUCCCCGACUUCCAGGGAAGUGGCCAUUUUCUUUAUCAGAGCAGCAAUUAGAUGCCCGACGUCGGGGGUUGGAAGAAUAUCUAGAAAAAGUGUGCUCAAUACGAGUCAUUGGUGAGAGUGACAUUAUGCAGGAAUUCCUAUCAGAAUCAGAUGAGAACUACAAUGGUGUGUCCGACGUAGAGCUGAGAGUAGCAUUACCAGAUGGAACAACAGUCACAGUCAGGGUUAAAAAGAACAGUACUACAGAUCAAGUAUAUCAGGCUAUUGCAGCAAAAGUUGGCAUGGACAGCACAACAGUGAAUUACUUUGCCUUAUUUGAAGUGAUCAAUCAUUCCUUUGUACGUAAGCUGGCACCUAAUGAAUUUCCUCAUAAACUAUACGUCCAGAAUUACACAUCAGCUGUGCCAGGCACGUGCCUGACUAUUCGAAAGUGGCUUUUUACCACAGAAGAAGAAAUCCUCUUAAAUGACAAUGAUCUUGCUGUUACCUACUUCUUUCAUCAGGCUGUUGAUGAUGUGAAAAAAGGUUACAUCAAAGCAGAGGAAAAGUCUUACCAGUUACAGAAGUUGUAUGAACAGAGGAAAAUGGUCAUGUAUCUCAACAUGCUAAGAACUUGUGAGGGCUACAAUGAAAUCAUCUUCCCCCACUGUGCCUGCGACUCCAGGAGGAAGGGGCAUGUUAUCACAGCAAUCAGCAUCAUGCACUUUAAGCUGCAUGCCUGCACUGAAGAAGGGCAGCUGGAGAACCAGGUAAUAGCAUUUGAGUGGGAUGAGAUGCAGCGAUGGGAUACAGAUGAAGAAGGAAUGGCCUUCUGUUUUGAAUAUGCACGAGGAGAGAAGAAGCCUCGAUGGGUUAAAAUCUUCACACCAUAUUUUAAUUAUAUGCAUGAAUGUUUCGAGAGGGUGUUCUGCGAGCUCAAGUGGAGAAAAGAGAACAUUUUCCAGAUGGCGAGGUCACAGCAAAGGGAUGUGGCCACCUAGCCUUCCCUUAUCCGCUUCCUUUCUCUUCACCCUCAUUCUCUUACCCCUUUUGUCUCCCAUGUCAGACAGAGUUAACCAUUAACAUAAAAGACAAGGAAAAGGAAAAAAGUCAUUAUAUUCAAAAGCCCUAAACUAAAUAUUAUUAAUAAUCCAUCUGAAUUUCAUGUCUCUGGAAUUGAGCUUGUAAAGAACAACAGAUUGGUCAGCACCAGGAGUCAACUGAGUUAAGACAGGAAAAGAAAUAAGCCCAACCAACUUGCCAAAGGUAUCUCUGUCCCUUCACCUGGGCCUCAUACCAACAGACUCUCCUUGUACUAUAUUUUUAAAACUGGAACUAUGAAUUUCAUCCAUUUGCAUGGUUCAGACAUAUAUAUGUAUGUAUGUAAAAAUUAUAUAUAUACAAAUUAGUUGCACGUAUAUACAUAUAUAUAUUUCUUUUUAAAUUUCAUAUUGAUAGCAGUACCUUUUUUAGCUUGUGUUUUUACACACCUUUCACUAGAAUUCAUGACUUCUUUCUUGCUCUCUUUAUUUUGAAACAAACUUUAAAAAGGAAAAAAAAUUUACAGGGAAAAUACCUCUCCUCAUGAAGGACUCAAAAAGUUUACAACCCUGCUCCCCCGCUUUUGUAUUGAGUGAAGAUUCUGGUUAAUGGGUUGCCAUAGAGUCUGAAGAGCAAGGAGUGUAAUUUCUUUAUCUUCAAAGAGACUGCUUAGGGAGGAGAAAGAGGUGUGUUUUUCAAGGGCAACAAAGCUACAAAGCUGCAGGGAGAGUCUAAAGACUUGCUGUGGUCUCUGGAUUCCAAGAAAAUUAUCCUAGUCCAUCUCACUCUCUCCCACUCCUGGCUUCCUAGCCACAUUCCAUGUCUCCUUUCUGCUUCCCGAGGGCUCCUUGUAUGCUUUCCCCUUGACUGGCUGAGAAUGGAGGGGAGGGUGGGCUCCGGAGGUUGACGCCACAGGAACCUGAAAUACCUCGUGGUCGUAAUUUUCCAUUUCCCUGCCAUUUCUGAAGCAGGAAUAGUACUAGGCACCAGAGUUAAAGCUGAUACCUUUAGGCACAAAGAUUGGACUUAGGUAGGGUAAAGAAAGGAAGAAAUGUCUCAUGUAUAUAAGCUUUCCCCUACUUCAUUCCUGACCAGUAAACACCUAUAGCUAUUA